AGUACAAACAUUGCCUCGCGGAAGAUUGAAAAAACUUUUGUCGAAACAAAGUGACAAAAACGGGAAUAUUCGUACGAGUGAAACCAACACCGACAGGAAUGAAAACAGCGUAAAGAAAAACGAAUGUGAUACACCACCUUUCGAAGAUAAAAUCGUCCAGAAAGACAUGGCAUCGUCAGCAGCAGAGUCAAACCCGGAACUCGGAUUUAGUAGCGAUUCUGAUGCCAGCAGUGUUAACGAGCACCUUGUCGAUCCAGAAACGCUAAACCUAGAUGAGACGUUUUUCUCGUCAACGUACCAAAGUCAGCCCACUGCCUUAGAAUGCUCUGUACCCUGCACAGAAGAUUACGACUGCAAAUCGUCAACCGGCGAUGCAACCGAUGCCGAAGAGGGUGGAAAAAUGUAUGAAAUAUUUUCACAGCUAACAGAUUUCGAAAAGCAAGUAAAUGAAGCGAACGCUUGUUAUCAGGUUUGGGAAAGAAGGAGGGAGGAGUGGCGCGAGCAUAGCAUAUCACCGAUGGACACGAUCAACGUCCAAUCGAUGCUGACUCAAGUAGAGGAUUGUAUGAAUACCGCAACGGAAGAAGAUCCCGAAUGGCAUAGCUGUGAGAUACCGAACGAUACGUCCGUCGAUACCAAAGACAUAGAAAUAGUCGUAUCAAAUACAUCACACAAACCUGGUCGCAUAAUAGAUGUUGCGCAAAGUCUCAGGCGAAUUGAGCUAGAAAAGCGAAAACAACAAUUCUUGGAGGUUCAUAAAGUUCACCUACUGCUGCUCCUGGCCCAUGGCAUGCAGGUAAGCAGAUUGGUAAACGUAAGCAUCGUGGAUAAUUCAUCAGAACUUUAUGACUUGAUAUCGGACAGCAAGCUUUCGGUUCGUGAAAAAGAUAGUCUCCAUUUAGUAAAAUCAAUUGUAGAUCACUAUAGGAAAAACGUGAUGUUAGCCACGACAAGAAAUGGCACCGACCGGACAAGAAAUCGGAGGACCGUAAAAAUCAAGAAAGCAAUUCACAAGCAAAUUGUCGCUCGAGAGGCAUCCUGCAGACGGAUGUAUAAUUUAAUUCUACUCACCGUUUUGCGAUUUUGUGGCAUUCGCUCGAGACUCGUUAUGCAUCUGGAUGUUGUACCAAGCUGUCCUCCAGUAGCGAAGCCACCUGCAAAAGUUAAAAUUAGUCAAACCAAUCGACCAUUGGUCACCGAACGUUACCACAACGUGCCAUUAACCACGACGGAAAUAUUGAAGCGCAAACCAGAAAUUCAGGAAAUGUUCCAGUUAACACAACUCGACGGGGCGGAUGACGAUCUGGUGGACGGUGAACUAGCGCCUAAAAAACUGCGCAUUGAGGGUUUAACGAAUAAACCACGUUUGUGGAAAUUAAAACCACCGGACCCAUGGCCGGUAAAGCAACCGCGAGACAAACCACUGAAUCAAAUUGGACAGCCAGUUUCAAGUCUAUCGCAAAGUGAUCAGCAGGGUGUAAAAUUAGUUUCAUCGAAGUUUUUUCGUAAAAAGCCAUCGCUGAAGCAACGUUCAACGAAAGGGAAAUUGGCCUUCAAAACAGAAACAAAUGAUCAGAAAAAUGCUACCAGCAUUAAGCCGAACUUGGGUCGACUGAUAAAUCACAAGGUGGCCACGGUUUCUAGCGAUUGCGCAAAGAAAAGGCCCCGGAUACCAAAGCUUGACUUGUGGAUAGAAUGUUUUUUGGAAGCAGAACAGCGUUGGACGGUUGUGGAAGCCUCGUUAGGAGAAGUCGAUUGUAUGGAGCAGGUAAUGGAUCUCAUUCAGGAUCCACCGGUGUACGUGUUUGCCUUUGAGGCUGUUGAUGACGUUGUAGUCGAUGUGUCCGAACGCUACCGGUGGCGCAAUGAGGCCCUGGCCUUAAGGCAAAGGGUAGACAAGAAAUGGUUGAAGAAAGCUCUUCACCGAUAUAGGCCACCGAUGGGGGAUGAAGCGUUCCUGCUGGAGCAGCUUGAAUAUCGACAGCUUAAAUUUCGGGCGCCAAUGCCAACCACAAUCGGGCAGUUUAAAAAUCAUCCAUCCUACUGCUUACCGAGAGAUUUACAAAAGUUCCAAGGCAUAUACCCACCAGAUGCACCUCCGUUGGGCUACAUCAAUGGGGAACCGGUCUAUGCCAGGGAAUGCGUGCAUACGUUGCAUUCGCGCGAGGUUUGGUUACGACACGCGAAGGUCAUCCGGAUGCACGAACUUCCGUACAAAAUUGUCAAGUCGAAGCUGCGCCGCGAGCAGACGAACCUCGAACUGUUCGGGUACUGGCAGACGGAAGAUUACAUCCCGCCCGAACCGGUCGAUGGGAUUGUUCCACGGAAUGCCUAUGGGAAUAUAGAAAUUUUCAAAGACUGUAUGCUUCCUAAGGGCACCGUCCAUUUAAAGCAGUUCGGAUUAUCUCACAUAUGUCGAAAACUUGGGAUAGACUACGCCGUGGCCGUAGUUGGAUUUGGAGUGCACGCAGGAGGGAACCAUCCGGUGUUUGAUGGUAUUGUGAUUUGCGCCGAGCACCGAGACCGUUUGCUAGCAGCUUGGGAAAUACAUCAGGACGAAUCGGCACAGAAAAAGCUGGAAAAGAAACGACAGAUAGUACUUAACAAUUGGGUGAAACUGGUGAAAGGUUUGCUUGUACGGAGAAAGCUCAAGAAUAAGUACAAUUUCGAUGGAAUGUGAGACGGAGGGGGGACAUCUGGUCGUAAUAAAUUAACUCGCAGAGCUUACUGUCGACGUACGCGUUCAGAUAACAAAUUCCCAAGUACACGUGCUUUGCCCAUGUAUUGGCUCAGUUUUUUAAAUGUUUCGAAUGAAUCUAUUUUCCGACCUAAGAAUAAGCCAUAAAUAUCCACUGCAUGGUAUCUUGACAGUGUGUUUCUGCAGCUAUUCUUGACGGUUGUAGAAAAAUAAAUAACUAGACUGGACUGGGUUACUG